AUGUCUACUGAAAAAUCAUCUAUUACAAAAGAAUUACAAACACCAUUUCAUUGUAAAUUAGCUAGUUUCAUUGAUUACUUUUGUUUUACAAAUCUUCAUGAUCAUUAUGAAUGUAUACAAUCAUACAGUCAUAGAUUUAUUGCUGUAUUUCGUUAUGAGCUAUAUCGUGUUAGCAAAUUUAUUUUAAAGUUACCUAUAUUAAUUUUAUCAACUUCUAUAGAUAUAUUUGCAUUUUUUGGAGAAAUUUUAGCAUAUAGUUUAUCUGAAUUAGGAGACAAUUGUGGAAAAAAUAUGAAAUUAUUACGUGAUUUUGCUGAUUCAAUUGUAUAA